AUAAUUUACACACAAUGUUGAGUUUUGCAACUUUAUUGUUUCUUUUUACUUCGAUUUUGGUCUCUGAAUCACAAGGAGACACAUGUCCUGCACAAAGUCCAAAAAAUGUUUAUUAUUUAGGAGACAAACAGGUAACUUGGUCUGACGCUAUUAUAGCAUGUCAAGCCGUUGGAAUGUCAUUAGUAAGUAUCCAGAGUCAAGCUAAGCAGGAUGAAAUCAUUAAUUAUUUGGAAGUCAGAAAAGUAAAUUACACUGGACUCGAUAACUCCAUAUGGAUCUCAGGAAAUAGACGUCUGGAUAAAGUUAAAUGGUUUUGGUUAGCUGUAGAACCUAUUAUAUACACUAAUUUCCUUCCUGGUGAACCAAACAAUUCUGGUGGGAAUGAAGAAUGUCUAACCGUAGUUUACUCCGGAAGGCCUGGUUGGAACGAUAUCGCAUGUAGCAGCAAGUUUUAUCCUUUAUGCGAGAAAGAGAUUUGUUGUGCUGGUUGUAAUUGUUGUUCUUAAUUUCAUUCUUUUAUGUAAAUAAUUAUGUAAUAAUAUAAAUUACUUUUUGAUAUCGAUGUAAGUAAUAAUAAGGGUAUUAAUAAAUACAAUUGUCCAUUA